AGGAGGACGUGGCGGACACCAGGGAGCUCGCCACUGCCGUCGCCGAGGCCACCGCCCUCCACGCUGGCACAACAGGGGAGCAGGGGGCGGAGGAGGAGUGGCGGAGGGAGAGGGCGCGCGAGAUGGCAGUGAUGGCGGACCUCCGAGGGGACGCCCCCCCCGCCACCAUCCCCCUCACCAUACAGGACCCACGCAAGUACUUUGAUGCCGCCACACAGAGGGACACAGCGCACACACAGCAGCAAGCGGGGCAGGCAGCUGCGCCAGAAGCAAUGGAUUUGGACGGCCCUGCACCCGCCACUGACUCAGCGCCAGCUGGCACACACGCUACGCUGGCAGCCUCGCUGGCAGCGUUUCGGAGUGAGCUGGCAGCGGCAGCGAGGGGAAGCGGAGGCAGCAGGCUAGGGGAGAAGGCUAGGGGAGGCAAGGGAGGGACGGUGGUGAUGGCGCCUGCUGCUGCUGCUCAGGUGCGAUGCUGGGCAGAGAUAGGAUGCAUGGGUGCAGCAUGGGUGGAGCAUGCAUGGGUGCAGCAUGGGUGGAGCAUGGGUGGAGCAUGGGUGGAGCAUGGCAUGGGUGGAGCAUGGCAUGGGUGGAGCAUGGGUGGAGCAUGGGUGGAGCAUGGGUGGAACAUGGGUGGAGCGUGCAUGGGUGGAGCAUGGGUGGAGCAUGGGUGGAGCAUGGGUGGAACAUGGGUGGAGCGUGCAUGGGUGGAGCAUGGGUGGAGCAUGGGUGGAGCAUGGCACGGGGAGGCAGUGAAGGAGCUGCUGUCGCACUUCUGGGCCACCUACCCCCUCACCAGCGCCGCCCUGCUCGCCAAGGCGGAGCGGCACAAGGAGGGCAUCAGCAAGCUGUACGACCGCCUGCAGAAGCUCAAGGACGGAGCAGACGGGGCCAACCGCCAUCUCCUUUCACAGCUGCUACAGCCCUUCUUCCAGAGUCUGGAUGCGGCGUUGGCGCACUUUGAGGCGGACAAUGCCAGGCGCCAGCAGAGGCGGCAGCGCGUGGGGGCAGCAGUGGGCCGGGCACCCGUGGCAGUGGGACCGAGAUAG